CCCUCGCCACCGCUUAAUGCCCCGGUGUUGACGCAGCGUGGGAGGUGGGCGGCGCCCCCCGUGUUUGCGCCCAAAAUGACGGCGUGCGACGCCAAACAGGAAGUCUGUGUUAGGAGCCGGGCCCCGGCCGCCGUCACGCGUCCUCCAAAUUGUUAUGGAACAAAACACACCCAGUCAGACGAGUGUUACCUCAAACUGACAAACGUCUGCCAGAAAUACGCAGUUUGAUCUGGUUGGGUGUGUAUUUUCGUCUGCAGCUGUGUUUUCACAUCUGGAAUCUGCGAGCCGGGCCUGCGUUUGACCCCCGCUGUUGCCAGGACUCGCCUCUUCGACGCUGGCAUGCUCUCGCUGUGUAAACCACCCUUAUCUUCCCUCCAUUAAACCAAUUAGAAACCCUAAUGCCGCACAAACAGCAGACUCUCUUGUGUGUUGACACGGUUAAAAGCGUCCACUGAUAUGAGUUUCAGCUCUCACACUCUAACACUAAAACUACGUUUACCGCGCAACGUCUUUCACAACGGCCCCGGACCCGACAGGCGAGCGACCUAUGGAGAAUGAAACCACCUCUGAGCUGGGGUGCAACCACACAGACGCGUGGGACUGGGUCUACAGCAUGCAGCCGGCCUACAUGUCCGUCAUCUGCUUCUUCGGCGUGCUCGGGAACUCCCUGGUUCUCUGCGUGUUCUGCCUGCAGCCGAGACCCGCGUCGGUGGCCGACGUCUACCUGAGCAACCUGGCCGUCGCCGACCUCCUCAUGGUGUCGUGCCUGCCGUUCUGGGUGGUGGCCGUCACCAACAGGUUCCACUGGACCUUCGGCGAGCCCAUGUGCCGGCUCGUCGGCACCGUCAUCGGGAUGAAUUAUCAGUGCAGCGUCCUGUUCCUCACGCUCGUGAGCGUGGACAGGUACCUGGUUCUGACCCGGCCGCUGACCCGGGGCAGGCGGAGGCGAGCCUUCUGGGCCCGGGCCAUCUGCCUGGGCGUCUGGGUUGCCGGGAUCUCCCUCAGCUUCCCCGCCGUCCUCUUCCGCUCGGUGCGGUUCUUCCCUCAUUUGGGGAUAAGCGCGUGCUACCUCGCGUACCCCCACGAAGGCUGGCGGCUGCGCUACAACGUGAGCGUGGCGGUCGUGGGCUUCCUGGUCCCGGUCCCCGUCGUGUCCUUCUGCAGCUACCACAUCGCCAAGGCGGUCUGUCACAGCCGGAAGCUGAGACGGGGCGGCGGCGGCGCCGAGGGGAAGGCGGCGCGCCUGGUCCUCGCCGUCCUCGCCGCCUUCGUCCUCUGCUGGCUGCCGUACCAGCUCCUCACCUUCCUGGACACCUUGGACCACUACCAGGUCAUCUCCGGGUGCACGUGGGCGCACGUGUUGGACAUCGGCGAGCAGCUGGCCACCUACCUCGGGUACAGCAACAGCGCGCUGAACCCCUUCCUCUACGCCAUCGUGGGGAAGCACUUCAGGCAGAGGGCGAGGGAAGCGUUCGGGGCGGCGCGGCGCCGGAGGAGGCGGCCGGGGCCGAGGCCUCGUCCUUUGAACGCCGACGUCGCGUCCAGCAAACACACCGGAAGCACCAGAAUGUAAAAAACAAAACAAAAACGUGAGUUUAAUUAGAAUAGAAACUUUGACCUUAUAAUGACAUUUUAUGAUAUUAUAAAUGUAUUUCUACUAUCUGUGACAACAACUGUCAUUCUACUAAUUAGAGUGCGUGUAGUGGAAGAGUGUGAUGCAUUUCCUGCGUAAGAGUAGUAAAUGAAUUAUUGAAUAGCUUCUGAGCUAAUGGAGGCAAUUAUCGCCCCAGUCAAAUAGAUGUUAGGUAGAUUUAAUCACUGAUUGGUGAGGAUGGCUACACCCUUUGUUGUAAUGGAUGUAAUUACUUCACCACCUCAGUAGAUCAUGCACUGGUGAGAUUUCCUUCCCUAUGAAUGAAAAAUAAAAGACACAUGUCAAAUAAAUUACAGUGUAGGAAAAACAUGUGCAGCUCCAUUGUUUUGCCUCUAAAUUCCCUGUGAGCUACUUUGGGCUCAUGCUUUCCAUAGGUUCUAUUGUGUUUGUCCUGAGCUUGAUUCAGUGUAAACAGUGUCUUCCCAUCGUUGCAUUGUUACUGUAAGGUGUCACUUAAGGUUAGCAGCUGAAGAUGUUUAACAAAGGCAAUCAUUAAGUAGUAUGUACAGUUCAUAUCAUGGCCAUUUGCAGCGCAGGCUGUGAUUAUGUCGAUUUUACGUGUGAAUCUAACCUAUCGCCUCUGAAUGUUACACUAUUGCCUUCAAUAAAGCAUCACCUUGAUCUUUUGACCUAAACAAAUCUUGUGAUUUUGAGAUAAAAUUGUAUAUACAUUAUAUAAGUGUCCAUUUGAAACAAAACUAAACUUAUAUAAUAAUACUUAUGUAACAAUCAUUCAUGAGUUUUCAAGUCACCACUUUUGGCUGCGGCCUCAUCGGGGUCCUGAUGUGCACAGGCCGAAUUUGGACUCUUUCAUAAACAACCUGAUUUAUGGAGCCCCUUGGCUGAGGGUGUGGAGGCACGCAGCUCUAUAUACAAAGAUGCGUGCAGUCCGUGUCUGCAGUCGCUGCGCUCUGUGACCAGGAGCCCGGCGAGAACGCUUCCAGUCAGCAGCGUUCUCAUAAAACCCACGGUAAGACGUAUUUAUGCUCUUCGUUGCUCUUUGACACAGGAAAGCACCUAUUUGACCUUUUGAGUGAAAC